AUGUCGGGAUCUCAAACUGUGCGAGCACCUGAGCUGUCCAUUCUCAAUCAUCCGAUGAAGUCCGGCGACUUGCCGUCUCCACUUCCCAUCGAUGAGAGCAGCGAUUUUGCAGGGGAAGUCGAGCUGCUUCAUUCGGCGUUUGAAAGACGAGUCAAAGAAUCACCAGAUCACGUCGCACUGUCUUAUCUUUACGAAGCAGGUCCAAGCCCUGUCUUUCGAGACCUCACAUAUGGCGAGCUCGACGCUCUCUCGAACAGAAUAGCUAUCGCUAUCCGCGAACACGUCAAGCGCCACCCUCUCGCGGGUACCGAGACCGAACAAGAGCCUUUCGUUGUGCCUCUCUUUUUAGGACCGUCCAUCCAGAUGUACGCGGCUUACUUCGGAUGUCUCAAAGCUGGCGUCACGCUCUGUCCACUUCCACUCGACGCACCGGACGAGCGUCUGAGAGACAUUCUUGAUGACUUUAGCCCCGUGAUCGGACUAUACAGCUCCGCCAUGGGCUGGAUGCCACAUAGAAUCAACGAACGGCAUGCGCGCACUCAAUGGCUGGAUCUGGACAAUCUGCCCGAUCAGACAACCAAAACAACCGAAUGGCCGUUGACAUCACCGCAUGACAUUGCCUACAUUUUGUACACAUCUGGCUCGACGGGAAAACCAAAGGGAGUCCAGAUUAGUCAUCGCUCAGCCGCGUGCUCGAUUUCAGCACACGCACAAUCGGCGCCACUUCUGCCAAGAGAGGUGACCAGAUGGUUUCAAUUCGCAGCCCCAACAUUCGACCCGAGCAUCAUGGAGAUCUUCCUAUGCCUCGGGUCAGGCGCUACAUUGUGCUCAGCAAAGCGCCAGUUGACAUUGUCAGACCUCAAUGCCACUGUGGCGGCGUCUAGAGCGACGAUCAUGAUGGCUACGCCAAGCUUGGCUGGUCUUCUCGAUCCGCAAAGAAUUCCAACUCUAAAGUCUCUCUGGACCAUGGGCGAAGCGCUUGGCCCCUCAGUGAUCGAUAAAUUUGCCUCGGAUAGCAAGACCUCCAACGGCGGAGGUCCGCAUGGCCUUUACAAUGCGUACGGUGAGUUGUCUCUGGCGCGCCGAACCCGACGCAUUGAUCACACCUCUGACGAAGUAGUGAGCCUGCCUGCAUCAGGCCCGACCGAGGCUGCCAUCAAUUGCACACUUCUCAAGAUGAUGCCCGACUACCGAGGUACGAUCUUGGGCGACGCCCUCGAGUCAUGUUCACUUUUCAUUGCAAGAGAGAUCCCAGGUCGUGCGCUCGAAGCUGUCGAGGCUGGCAUGACGGGAGAGCUGAUCAUCGGCGGGCCGCAAGUCAGCUCGCGCGGGUAUCUCAAGCGACCCAAUGAGACUGACAAAGCGUUCACAAAGCAUAGCGAGUGGGGAAGGGUCUACCGGACUGGAGAUCGCGCUAGAAUUGUUUGGCGAGAGGAUCAUCACCCUUAUGUAGAGAUACUCGGCAGGCUGGGAGGCACAUCUCAACGCCAGGUCAAGAUCAAUGGCCAACGCGUCGAGUUGAGUGAUGUAGAAGCCAGCAUACUCAAAGCCGUUAAGCGGGAUGACGCUAGCCGCCACGUUCACGCCCUUCACGCAUUGCUCGCUCACGGAAAGCAGCUGGUCGCAGUCGUCAUAUGUCCAGAUCUUUCAGGUGUCGAUUCGCCGCGGGAGGAAGUCAUGCAGGGCGCUCUUAGGGCAGCGGCGAACAGCGCUCUUCCCCCGUUCGCCCGGCCCAGCAGGUUCAUCAUCCGCAAGGACGAGUUACUCUCUGCGAACGGCAAGCUCGACUCGCGUGGUCUCAUAGCGUUUGCCGAAGGCGUGAUGGAAAAUCUGCCACGCGCUCUCCCAAAUAGCACUGAACCAUCUGAAGAAGGAGAAGAUGACGCCACGAAAUUUCUGCUCAGCGCGCUCAGCCGUGUGCUGGAUGCACGUGGCAGUGCACAAACGAGACUAUCUUCGAACAGCUCGAUCAACGCAGCCGGUCUCGAUAGUCUCUCGGCCAUGAAGCUGCUCGACCUUAUCCGCGACCACGAAGUGCUCCGACACCUGUCUUUGGCACUGCUUCUGAAUCGCACUGAACGUACAGUCACACAGGUCGUCGAUGCCUGCAAGCAAGAUCCCGCCCGCAAGGAGGAGGGCAUCGCAAAGAUGUUAAGCAGCUUCGACGCGCGUCAUCGCGAGCACUGCGUCCACGCACUUGGAGGAGUUGCUGUCACCUCUAUUCUGCCCGUCACAGCAACACAGGCCGGCAUUUUAGCAAGCUUUUUGAGACGAAGAUCUUAUGUUCAUCAUUUUUUGUACCACCUCGCCUCCGACAUCGAUGUCGACAGACUUUCAAACAGUCUUAAGCUGGUUGCUGGCCAGCACGAGGCGCUUUGCAGCACGUUCAUACCAGUAGACGACGAGCUGGCCCCCUUUGCUCAGUGUGUACUGGCACAAGAAGUGUUGUCACCCGACACGCACGCUCUGCUGCCCUCCGACCUCUCUCCCACGCUGCUUUACGAAAAGGUCAACAAAGAGAUGCAGCUGGAAAAGCCUCCGGUAAGAUUCCAUUGGCUGAAGGAUGCUCACACUUUGGUGAUUUCGCUUCAUCAUGCCAUCUUCGAUGGAGGCUCGCUUGGCUUAUUCCUUGAGGAUGUCGAGCGUGCUUACAAGGGUUUGAGCAUUGCAAAGCGGCCCGGACCAGCAGCAGCGUCUGCAGAGCACCUCAGCGCACAUCUGGACGCGGCAUCGACGCUACAGAUCGAAGACUUUUGGAAGAAGGAGCUCAAGGGAUUUGAAUCGCAACCGUUCGCAGAUGUGGCGGGCCGAAAACCCACUGCAUCUUCGCGCCUCGGGGUAUGCGACGCUACAGAGAUAUUCACAAAGGCCGAUGCGAGUGGCCUUCAAGACAUUUCAUUGGAGGACCUCUUUGAGGCUGCCAGAGCCUAUGGAAGCACUCCACUGGCUAUCGUACAGCUCGCCUGGUGUCUCAUCCUAAACUCAUACUCCGAGAGCGAUUCGCGAGAUGUUGCAUUCGGUAGCGUAGUGUCUGGACGCAUCGAAAGCUGGGCAAGAAAGUGCGCCGCUCCCACCUUUGCAACGCUGCCGGCCCGUCUAGAUCUUGAUGCUACAGACUCUAGGGGCACCAUUGCAGGGGCCCUCGAUAAUCUUGCUGCUCAAGCGCAAAGAGCGCUGAGUCACAGUCAGAUCAAGCUCGGAUCUAUCGUCACUCAAGAUGGGGCACUUCCAUACGACACUCUACUUGCUCUGCAGCUUUUCGAAGCAGAGCAAGAGCCCUUUCUCGGUGGAGAAGAGCUCCCGCCGCCGCCCAUGGAGAAUGAUUUUGCUGUCAUGAUUGAAGUAUGGCCAGGCAGUGCGGUGCGCUCGUUGCGCCUCCGUGCAACGUACAAGACUUCUCUUCUUUGCCCUGAAAGCUCUAAAUUGAUGCUCAGGCAAUUGCACGGUCUGCUGCAAGUGAUCUGUGGCCGCAGCAAGAUGGUAAACGCGUGUGAAAGCUCUCUUUCGACUCUCACAUCAGAUUUGACGAACGCUGUGCCAUCAUUAGCUGCUCGAUGCAUCGGCAGACAGGUCGAAGAGCUACAAAGUGACAAUGCGUUUCUUCAUGCCGGAUUCGAAGAGCAAGCACAAGCGCAUCCGGAUCGACCAGCGUUGAUCUUCAACCAACAAGCAGGUCCCGAUUCACAAGAAGUCGUGACAUAUAGGGAACUAGACGCUCUGGCCAACUUCUGGGCACGUCGUCUGAUUUCUGCCAACUCUGGCAAAAGACUGGUCGACCAAGCCGUGCCCCUCUAUGCAGUCAAGUCCAUCGACUUGUACGUUGGCCUUUUGGCGAUUCUCAAGGCUGGAGGAGCAUGGUGCCCGAUCGACCCUGCAUUGCCCGUCGCUCGGAAAGUCAACCUGGUGCUGCGUUGCGCGAGUCCAAUCGUAGUGGUUGCAGGCGAAGUCCCGGAAGAUCUGCGCUUCGAGCAGUUGAUGAAGAACCGAGAAGUCGCUAAUCUAAUCAAGCACGUGGUGACAUGUGAUGGACACGUGGGACGAGGCGAGGCUACCGGUCAGUCGUUGAGCUCGGCUGGCAGCCCCGUCCCUCGUGCGCAUGGCGCGCGCUCGCCACGGCAGCUCGCAUACCUCAUCUGGACUAGUGGUUCGACAGGUGAACCCAAAGGGGUCUUGAUCGAACACUUGGCCGCGUCUAUGGCGAUGCGAUCUUUACAAGCCUCUAUUCCACAUGGCGCGGAUCCGCCCCGCACUCUCCAAUUCUCCGCCUUCACCUUCGACGUCUUUGUACAGGAUCUCUUCUACACCUGGGGGCUAGGUGGCUGCGUCGUUGCUGCGCCGCAAGGUGUCAUGAUCGAUAGUCUGGCUCGGCUUGCGUCAGACUGUCAAGCCACUCAUGCCCAUCUGACACCAGCCUACGCAGCUUGCGUUCCACGCGAAGAAUGUCCCACUCUGCGUUACGUUACGAUGAUAGGAGAGAAGCUCAGCGAAGAAGUCGCGCUCGACUGGAGUGCAGGCGGCAAAAUCUAUGCCUUCAACACGUACGGCCCAGCGGAAAACACAGUGGUAUCUACCUGGCGGCGCUUCACGCCCGAUGACGCCAUGAAGGCUCAGAAUGUAGGAUUUCCCUUGCCUAAUACCUCAUGUCUGGUACUACGGGACGACGGCCUGCCAGCGCUCCUUGGGGGGACUGGUGAACUUGCUUUGGGAGGUGUACAGGUUGCUCGAGGGUACUUGAAAGACGAGGCAAGAACGCGAACGAAGUAUCCGACGACUAAGCAAGAUGGUCGCAUCUAUCACACGGGUGACAUGGUCAGAAUGCUGCACGACGGUAGUAUCGACUUCAUCGGCAGGCAAGAUGAUUUGGUCAAAUUGGGAGGCAUUCGUGUUGAGCUCAGCGAGAUCAGUCAUGCUUUGCGUGAAUGUCACCCUGUGGUAAAGCAGAUCGAGACCAUGCUUCUUGCAUCAGGAGAGGAAAAUCAGGCGGCCAAGGUCAUUGUUAGCUUUCUCGCUUGCCCAAGUCUCGGAGAGAGCAAGACAUCAACAUCAGUCCAGGAUGCCGUGCGGUCCGCGGCCAAAUCGCAAGUCGCCAAGCACCUGCCUGACUAUAUGCACCCAGCCCACUACAUAUUGGUUCCAGACAUUCCGCGCUCUGCUUCCGCCAAGACCGAUCGCAAAGGUCUCGCAGCUGUAUUUGCGAAACACUUGGCCCGGGCGGUGAUCGAGUCAGAAAGACAUCAGACUUCGCAAAUGGAGCAGAUCGACCUCGAGGAGCCGGCCUUGACCGCGGCUCAGUGUCUUGCCCAGGUGGUGGGAUCAAGCACCCUUCCCAAGGACAUCUCCAGGCUCGCCAACGCGACCUCUCUGCGCGCGUCUGGCUUGGACUCAAUUCGAACGAUUCGAUUAGCAGUCAAGCUACGCUCAGCUGGUUUGCAGUCCCCGCCCGCUGUCGAACUAAUGCGCUUGAGGACGUUCGCACAACUCGUUGCUUUGGUGGCCAGAGUCAAUGGGCUCAUGAACCAGAACCAGAAGCUCGCCCCAGCAAAAGGAGACGCUGAAGGCUUUGACGCUGCAGCAGAACACAAACGCGCGCUCGAUCGCUUCAGCGACAAGUGGAAGCCAAGCGCAGAAGCCACACUGGUUGAACAGCUCCGUGAUGUAACGUUGUCAGGCCAGGAACCCUGUGAGUCUUCUUCGGCUGCGGCUUGAAAUCUGUGGUGCGGUCCGAAGCUGAGACUUCAUCUUCUUCCAGUGCUCCGGAACCUCCUGCCAUGCACGCAUUUGCAGCAAUCUCUUCUCCUGCAGACUCAGAAAGAGGUGCAAGCGUACUGGGGCAGCACCGCGAUCAAGCUAGAUAGGACAGAAGCAGCUUCAGUGAAACAAGCCUGUUUGGCAAUAGCGAGUCGAAUAGACGUGCUUCGAACCACAUUUCUGCCAACCGCGUUGCUCGGCAGCAGCGACGCGGACCUAUCGGGUGGUUUCGUGCAGGCUGUUCUCUCGCCCAGCGCCUUUAACCUGGACUGGACCUGCUGCACGACAAAUUCUGACGCUGAGCUGGCACGGCUUGUCAAUGAACGUUUGGAAUCUGUUUCGCGGGCGCGACAUCCAUUUUUCGCAGGAAAGCCGGGAUGGGCGGUGACGUUGAUCAGUGGUGCCGACUCGACCACGUAUUUGCUCUUCACCAUGCAUCACGCUCUGUACGACAAACAAAGUAUGGAGCUGAUAUUGUCCAGCCUCGCCUCAGAGCUUGAAGCUUCGAAAGCUCCGGUAAGCUCUCCCUCGCUCCGCGAGACUCUCGCACACCUUCCACGCUCCUCGAUUUGGGCGCUUAGCGACAACGAGCUUGGCCAUUGGCGCCAGCUUUGCGACCGGUACGCAUCUCAUUGCUUGCCGUGGUCCUUGCCUGAUCUUACAGGCUCAGCACGGAGAGCUCACAGACGCGCUCCGAGAAUGUACCACGUCGCAUCUCCGCUGCAACAGACGGCUGCCAUGGAUCUGGUUGCGGCAAGAGCAGACCUCCCGUCCGUGGCGGCGAUCAUUCAGGCGGCGUAUGGCGCGGUUCUUGCACACUACCUCGACCAAGCUACCAGUCUCAUAGGUACCACUGUAAGCGAGCGCGUCCACGCGGCGCAGCUGGACAGCGCAAUCGCACCCCUAAUCGCCACCGUGCCUUUCUUCGUCGAGAGCAGCGGGAAAAUCGACGAGGCUUUGGCAUCUCUGUCGUCACAGUGGCGCAAUUCGCUCACAAAUCGGCAUAUCUCUGCUACUUCCGUGCGCAAGUUGCUCUCCUGGCCUGCGGAUCAGCCACUGUAUGCGGGAGUGUUUGUUGUGCAAGUGGAGUCGGACGGAAAACUGCAGGCAGCAAAGGUGCAAGAGCAUGAUUUGACGAACGCAGGGGCCUUGCAAGUGGAGCACGCGCUUGCACUGAACGUCUAUACGUCAGAGAGCGGCAAAAUCAAGAGGAUGGUUCUGUCUGCGUCGGCAGACACCUUGUCCGCCGAGCAUCUUGACGUCAUGCUCCAGCAGAUUCUUGGCCUGAUGAAAGCAAUGUGCGCUGCAUCGGCUGGAGCAGACAUGCGGGCGUUGAUCAGUGCGUUGCCUACUUCGAGCUUAUCCAUUCAGCAUUUGUCUCCAGCCGCGCGGUCCAGCCAAUCUACGCUUGCAAAGGCUCCACGCACGCAUCCCUGCUUCUGGAUUUCUCACUAUGCAAAGACACAGCCCAAUUGGAUAGCUGCCGAGCAGGUGGUGGGUCCGCUAGAUCGCGUAACUGUGACAGAUGCUUCACAAAAAGACCCUUCAGUCCUCAGAUGGACUUACAAGAUGUUGGAUCAGCUUUCAGAUUCGUAUGCGUCUGCUUUGCUGGAGCGACUCGGCACGGCUUCGGGCAGAGUAAUCGGUCUAUGUAUGGGCAGGACGCUUGAGGCUUUCGCAGCUGUCUUGGCGAUUUUCAAAUUGGACGCCAUCUAUCUUCCCAUUGCGGAGGACCUACCCGGAGAGCGCAAGCUCACAUUGCUGCAGGACUCACAAGCGGCGUGCAUCUUUACGUCUGACGGCCUUCUCGACGGCGUAGUCGAUGGCGCACGCAGUGACGCCUGGGUCAUAGACGUCGACGGUGUGGAGUGGCGAACUGUCUCCGCUGGACCUGCAAGGGCUGUCGACCUUUCCGACGAGGGCGGCAAAGGCGGGUACCUCCUCUACACGUCCGGAUCAACGGGCAAGCCGAAAGGUGUGCUUGUCAGUUCUGCUAAUCUGUCUGCAUAUGUGGAGGGUUUCUAUGCCGUCCUCAAGUUCUACUCGAAGCGAUCGUGCGACUUGGCUGGCAAAGGAAAGUACCUCAACUUGGCCAGUCGUGCUUUUGAUCCCCACUUGUCUCAGAUGUUCAUGGCUUGGCGACUAGGAUAUGCUGCUACCACUGGGCCUCGAGCUGAUCUCCUCGAGGAUUUGUCCCAGACGGUGACUAGGCUGCAAAUCACGCACAUAGGUAUGCUUCCCUCGCUCCUUGAGCAAGCUGGACUGACUCCAGAGAGUGCGCCCAGCCUUGCAGUCGUAAGUGUCGGGGGUGAGAAGAUCACUCCAUAUGUCCUCGACAAGUGGGGCCGCGAAAGCGGGACCGGUGAAGUCGACGGGCAGCAAGCCCUCGUACUGAAUCUCUACGGCCCGACUGAGGUCACAAUCGGCUGCACUAUGGCGUGUGUUUCACGCGAUUCGAGCCCACGAAAUAUCGGCUAUCCUGUCGGCAACGCCUCAGUAGUAGUCCUAGUACCAGGCACCAGUCACAUUGCCGCACGAGGCGAGCAAGGAGAACUCGUACUUUUGGGAGAUCUCGUAGCUCUGGGCUACCAUCACAGACCGGAUCAAGGAGGUUUCGUCAUUCUCACUUUGCCCGACUCUUCGAAGCAUCGAGCUUACCGUACUGGCGACAUGGUACGGAUGCUUGCGGAUGGCACGAUCGACUUUCUAGGCCGCACUGAUGAGCAGAUCAAGAUUCGUGGGCAGAGACUUGAGCUCGGCGAAGUAAGCGAGACUGUCAGAAGAUGCGCCUCAGCUCUCGGCUAUUUCGUUCAAGCGGCUGCAACAUACAUCAAACACCCAUCUCUUCCUGCACCGAGGCUCUGGGUGCACCUUUGCGUCGACAGAGAAGCGCAGUGUAGUCAGAAAGAGCCUAUCGAGAUGGUGAACCAUGGAAGCCACUCACAGCUCGUCACCUGGGUUCACGUUGAGCUGGCAUGGUCUCUACGCAAUGAGUUGCCAUCCUACAUGGUCCCCACUCCGAUCGUGUAUCGCCGAAUGCCUCGCCUGCCCUCAGGGAAGGUGGACAUCAAGCGAGCCAAUGCUCAUCUCUGUCAGUCUCCAAUUGGACGUCUCUUGGAACCCCUUGGCCCUCCAGACACAAAGGCCCAGCAACAACAAUCCGCCUCAGACGACCUGUCAUACGAAGAAUCGCGCGUUGUCGACAUGAUCGCAUCGGUCAUGGGCUCUUCACCACAUGCAGGCGCAGCCAAAGUGACUGGCAAUAGCAGCGUUUUUGAGCUUGGGAUCGACAGCUUGAGCGCGCUGGGUCUUUCACUGAAACUUCGACAAGAGCUGCACUUGGACGCAAGCGUCGCAGCCGUGUUUCUGGCCGAGACCGUCUCUGGGUUGGCCGCUCUACCACCUCUUGCAUUGACCGAAUCUCGAACCGUCGAACAUCAGCAGUUACAACGCGAACAAGCUUUCAAUGGCGCGGCUGAGAAGUACGUCUUAGAUCGGAUUGGCGGCCGAAACGGAGAAGCGCUUCACGCUAGCAGCAUCACAAGCGUGCGACGGUCAAUGCCCUUACAAGAAGCGCUUGUUGCUUUGACGAUGAUGGCAAGAGAUGCGGGCGAUCCCAAUCUCCCUUACAUCACCCACCACGCCUACUCUAUGCACGGGGGAGAUGAGAGCGCUGAUAUAGAGCAUUUUGUCGAGGCAUGGCGCCAAGUCAUCACAGACAGCGAUGUUCUGCGCACCUGCUUCAUGGAUGGCCCCGAGGCAAACGUCGUGCAGGUGAUCCUGAAACCUAGCACGGAGCUCUUGUCCCGACUGGUAGUCUUCAGAAAUGCCGACGAUGGUGUGCCAUGGAGCUGUUCCGAAGCGGCAGCGUCUAUUUGUUCGAGUAUGGCAUCUGCGCCCCCCAUUCGAGUUGGCAUUGAUCGCGCAACCCGCCGCGUCCACUUAGCGAUACACCACUCUCUCUAUGAUGGCCAUACGCUUCCCAUCGUCCACCGUAGAGUAGAGACAAUUGCGGUCAAGUUGAGUCGCGGCCAACAGGUUGACAACAAAACGAGUCUGGUUGCUUCAGUGUUCGAGGCUCGCGCGCUGGCUAUCGUUGCCAAAGCAAACGAACCUUCUGCUGUCGCUUUCUGGCGCGCACACCUGUCGGGCGUCCGCUACGCUUCCAGGAGCGCUCUUUACUCGUCACUCGGGCCGGUACCGGCAUCGGCUCAGACCAACUCAGAGUGUCGCCGCGUCGAAUUGGACCUCUCGUCGCUGCUGGCUGCGCUUCAAGACAGAGCUGUGCGCGAGCACAAGACGACCCUGGCCGUACUACUGCAGGCAGCGCUGGCCAUGACCCUAGCGUAUCACCAACGUGACCGCGAUGUCGUGUUUGGCACUGUGCUCUCUGGUCGGGGUCCUAUCGCAGACGAGGACGGCGGCAGUCUUUUGCCCUGCGUAACUACAAUUCCGUCACGUUUUGAUCUGAGGGAGGCACGCAGUGUCAAGCAAGUCGUCGAGAUCGCCAAGCGAUCUGUGCUGCGAACGUGGCCAUACCAGCACACCGCUCUUCGUAGGAUACAGACAGCUAUUGCUGCGCCACGUAGGCUCUUUGAGACGCUGUUCGCGUUCGAACAGCAUCCAGUCCGCUCUCCGCCACAGGAUGCUGAGGUGAAUAGCAUGCGCACGCGAUCAUCGUAGCGGUUCUCAGCUUACGCUACUCGCCUUGCCUUGAAAACCCUUUCGCAGCUUCGUUUACAUGCUGACGAGUCAGCCAGCGCCAUCGACUAUCCAGUCGCAAUAAACGUCGUCCAAUCUGGAGACUCGCAGUUGACGGCGGUCUUGGCCUUCAAGCCACAUGAACUCCGAGACGGCAUGCAUCAUGCAUUGUGUCUUGCUGAAAGUUUCAGCCACAUUCUCAGCGUCGUAGCAGACGGUGGCGAACAGCCGACCCUGGAGGAAUUGGGUCUUUGCUCGUCACCAGCAGUACCAGACGAGACUAGACCGGAAGACGCGCCCGAUGCGCACUCUGACGCUGGCUGGAAUGCAUUAGAACUCAAGGCUCGAGAGGUCUUGGCUGCUCUGCUGAAUAUCGAGCCGUCCAUAGUCCGCCAUACAGAUCCCUUCUAUCGGCUCGGGCUAGACUCUAUCCUUGCGAUUAGAUUUGCGCGAGAGCUUCGUGCGGUAGAGAUCAGGAAAAGUCCAGUACAGAUAGUUCAGGCCGGCAGUCUUCGAACGCUGUUCUCGGAAAGGUCCCCGGAAAUGACAAGCACGAAGAACUCCGUUCAAGCACGCUCCGCCGCAGUCUCUUCGUUACCACAGUUGCGCAGUACGACGCCGUCUGGUUCCACGGCUAUCGAGUCCAAGCUCAAGGGACUGUUCGUGCCGCUUCACGAGACGGACAAAGCCGAAGCCAUCUACCCCUGCACACCCCUACAAUCUGGAAUGUUGACGCUCAGCAGCGGCACAGCGCAGUCUGGAUAUCGUCAAGUCCACGCACUCCGUUUGCGGUCGGACAUCAACUUGGAUAAGCUUCGAGAUGCCUGGGCAUCAGUUGUUGAGACCAACGACAUUCUGCGUACUACGUUUCAUCUCGAUGAUUCCGAAGACUCGCAAUGGCUGGCCAUCGUUCACAAGCAUGCACCAAUCGUGUGGAAUCAUGGACCCGGUUCAACAGCUCCAACUGCAUUGGGCAACACGCCACCCGUUGGCGUGACCGUUGAAGAGGGGGUUGCACGGUUUGCCUUGCAUCAUGCAGUAUACGACGGGGUGUCGCUGCCCCUAAUGUUCGCUCAAUUGAGAGACGCGUACGCCAACGGCAAUCAUCUGCCGGCGCGUAAGCCAUUUCACGCGGUAGCGCGCGCCCUGACAGCAAAUCGCAUCGAGGACGAAGAGUACUGGUGCAACAAGUUAAGCGGGUUCAAAGGCAUCAGCCCUCGGCCUUCCAAUCCAGAGAAAAAAAGGACACGAGCAAGCUGUUUCCUCGACAUACCAGGGCAAAGCGUGAGAACGGCUUGCAAAGAACUAGGUGUCACCUUGCAAGCCGUUUGCAUGUUGGCCAACGCCAUGAUGCUCGCGAGCUCGUACGUAGGCCACCGUGAUGUCUCUUUUGCACACGUGAUGGCGUGCCGUCAGCUUUCCAUUGAAGAGGAGGCGGUGGCAGAUGAAGAGGAGGUGAUUGGGCCGCUUUUCAACACUAUCGUCAGACGGAUUCGAAUUCUGCCAUUGUUGGCAUCUUGCUCUGAGAUCGUGGCCAGCGUGCAACGAGAGCUUGACGAGUCGAUGCCGCACCAAGGAGCUAGUCUGGCAAACGUUCAGAAGCGUUGGCGUAAGAGUAGCAAACCAGAGCUUCGUCAUAGGCUGCUUGACAGCCUCUUCGUCUUUCACAAAGCAAUAAACCCUGCUCGUUCAGCGUCGCACGACAAAGCGCCAUUGUGGAGAGCGCAAGACGAGGACACGCUUGCGGGUAGCGAAGAAGAGUAUCCUUUGAAUGUUAGCAUCGUGGAGCGCGAGGACGGAACCGCGGAAGUUUUAGCCAACUCCAACGUUCUCGACCCGCGCAAAGUGGUGGAUCAAAUCGCUUCUUGCGCCCGGAUGAUCUUGCUGCAGCCUCAUUGCCGCGCAGUCACUGUACUCAGAGGCCUCGAGAAGACGCCGAUAGGGCCCGUUGCCGCCACUUCUAGCAUAGACGGAGGAGCUCCGACCCGUCCUCUGUCGCCCGAAGAAUCGACGCUUAAACAAGCCGUCGAAAAGGUCCUCAAUUUGAGCGUGGAGCAGUCGGGCGCCCAACUUGCCAGCGCGAAUGCGGACGUUCUAGCUGCUGGCAUCGAUUCGAUCAAUGCUAUCAAAUUGGCUCGCCUCUGUCGAGCCAGUGGACUCGUCCACGUAUCCGUACCCGUGAUUUUACGCGGACAGACUUUGGCAGAGAUCAUUGCGCUUAGCCACGCUUCGCAAGCACCGCGCGCUACCAUCUCUGCCAAGCAGCCGACAUCUCUCGAUUCGGCGCAGCGCAAGGCCAUCACUGCCCUGCCCCUGUCAGAGGCAGACGUAGAAGCGGUUUUGCCGUGUUUGCCAGGGCAACUACAUCAUCUCGAGGCUUGGUUGGCGACGGGCCGCCGCUUCUACGAAGCUCCAUGGGUGUUUGAUUGCUCUUCAAAAGUCGAACCAGAUCGAUUGGCGAGCGCGUUGGAGCGUCUUCGUGCCGAUUACACGACGCUACGCACCUGCUUUAUUGGCGUCGGUGGCACUGCUCAGCAAGUGAUCGUAAAAGCCGGUCGAGCUCCCACGGUACUGCGUGUUGUGUCGACGAGCGACGACGAUAGAGACCGCUUCUUUGCGCAAGAAGUGUUGCGCUGCAACAGCAUGUCUUUCGACUUGCGCUCACCACCUGUUCAGGUCGUCCUCAUUCAAAGCGAGACGAAGUCAUUGCUAAUCUUGAAGAUGCAUCACGCAAUUUAUGGUAAGCUUGCAUGCGGUGAAUUUACCACAAAAACGGCGUCACUGACGUAGUCCACUGCACCCUCCCAGAUGCUUGGUGUGUUUCAAGGAUGUUUGCAGACUUGCAAGCGCUGUACAAUCGGUCUUCGAUCGAGCCACGCGCACCUUUUUCUCAAUACGUGGACAAGCUUUGCGAUACGGAUGAUACUCGCAUUCAACAGCAGCAAUCUUUCUGGGACAGCGAUCUGACAGCAGCGCAAGCGACGAUCGUGCCUUCCCAAGGCGCCUGCCUUGGGCAAACUGCGCGAGGCCCGAAUUUGUUGGUCCGAGUACCCGACGCGGUACACGAUGUGGGGAACCUGGAAGCGCAGUGCGUCAACGCCGGGACGUCUCUACGCUACGUUGUGAUGCAUUCGCUCGCACGAGUCCUUGGAGAAAUUUGCAGCGUGUCGGUGCCGACGUUCGGAUUCUACACCGCAGCCCGCUCCGCAGAAGAGGACUUGGACCAAGUGGCUGGCCCCCUGUUGAAUGUCUUGCCUGUCGCCAUCAACACCUCCAUCAGCGUUCGCAUCAGUCUGCAGCAAGUGCAUCGCUCCUUGACAGCACGACGCAGCCACGAGCAGUCUUCCUUGUCCGAUGUGCUCGAUCGAAAAGGGUUAACUCAACCCCUCUUCAACUGCUGGCUCAAUCUGCUCUGGCACGAUCAAGCCGACGAAGGCACUCCUGGCAUCCAGGCAACUGAUUCCGACACCAACGCACUUGUCCUUACGCACAAGAAGCUGCCCGAGGCGGCGGCGUACUUUGACGACAAGAGGGAUAUGAAGGCUGUUCAGUCAAGCGAGACGUCACUGGGCUCACAUUUGACCUCGCGGCACCGAUCUCCUCACAAUGUGUAUGUCGACGUCCGCCGCACGGCUUCCAACACGCUUGGCUUUGGCGUUCGCCUUGACGUCGCUUUGAUGGACUCCGAUUCGGCGGUAGGGUUCGUGCGGGAAGUUGCCGCACAUGUAUCACGCACGGUCCAAGAGGAGCUGCACAUUUAG